AACCCUAAACAUUCUUCGAGAACGCCUGAUCAUAUCCUGGAGGCCAAGGAAGUCGAUUAUCCUCCUCGGAGAACGAUUUCACAGGACAGAGAUCGCUCCCCAUUUAGAACACAAUUUACGGAGGUGGAAGUCACUAUUUUUUUGCUGGAACUUCACUUCACUCGGUGCCCAGGCUCUCAGAGAGUGUUUCCACUUUGGGUCAUCUUUUUGCAGUGUAUUUUUGUGCACGUCUGAUUCGAAUUCUAUAAAAAAAUAUGUUUGGCAACGGGGACGCUGAGAUCGGCUGGUGCUUCAUCAAUAUCUUUUCAGCACUGCCCACUCUGCCACCAAAUUGCAUAUCUUCUUCGCCACCAGUUACCUCGCAAAAAAAAUUAUAUUCUUUUUAUUCUGCUAAUUUAGGAGCGUGCGAGGUCAAUUCAGCGUUUGGUAUGGCUAUUAGGUCGUCCAACUUGUGUGAACCCGUCAUGAGGGGACCAGGAGUAUUUUACACCACCUGUGGAGUUCAGGGUUUGUGAUUUUAUUAAGCGUUAGGCUGCUUAGGAAUUCGACAUCGCCUUGAGCUGGAUACUGACGUAGAGAAUGGAGCCGUAGAACGCGACAUUGCUGGACAGGAAGUCCAUUCAUGAGCUUGAAGACUUGGGCGAUCAUACUCUGUUGAAGAGCUAUGGGUUUCUCGAACAGGAUUGGUACAGUUUUUGCAGUGGCGUCACGACUUUAAUUUGGCCACAAUUGGUGAUUAUCUGAUUGCAACUGAUAGUAAGGAUCGUAAAGAUGGAAGCCGUGGUGGUGAAGGAGCAGUUGGAAAAAGAGUUGCUACAACCGUGUAUGGAUGUAGAUAAUUCGUCUCUGGAAUCGCCGAUACAGGAUUCAUCGAAAUUGAAUGUUUCAAUCUCCUCCUCCUCCUCCUCUCCCCCUGCAUUUCUAAAUCACAAAAAACGUAAACACUCUACGCGCUCAGGCAAUGUCACAGCGGUGGACAUCGAUUCCUACAAGUAUGCAUACGACAUCGUCUCAGCUCUGCAACUAAGCUUUGUGCAAUCCGACCGCCUUCUCCUGACGCUUGUCCGACGCCUCCUGUCUCGUUUGAACAGCUCUUCUGACUCUGCCUCGCCCGCCCUCGCCGAAGCCCUCUGUGCUUCCGGAUUCCUUAAGCUCUUGCCACAGCUCUUGCUCCACUCGUCUUCCAAUGUUGCCAAGAAGAGCGCGGAAGCAUUGAGUCUGUUAGCCAUUAGCUCCUAUGAGGUUAAUUGUCAGGUGGCCACGGAGGAAAAAAUUCUAGUGGCAUUAGCACACUUGCUGAGUACGGCUGAAUCUGAUGUUUUGUUGGUGGCUAUGCAUGGUAUUCUAAAUGUGACAACCACUGCAUUGGGUUGCACUUCUCUACGUGAAGUAGCCGGUCUGCCAGAGCAGCUUUUGCGGCUAGUAUCUUUUUUGGCUAGUUCACUGCAUGGAUUCGUACAACCUGGAGAUAAAGACAUCUUUGACAACUCCCGCAAGUGCGUAGACAGUGAAGAAUCUAUCAGGGCAACCGAAACGGUAACUGAAAAAUUGAGUGAUCAUCAAAUGCCAAGGGAAGAGAACCUUGAUUCUCUUCUACAUCUCACCAGUGAUGAAGCCAUUGACCUCUUCGAUCUUGUAUUAUGCACGCUGAACACUGUAUUCCUAGAUGUUGGUCUACUUCACCUAUCUGGGGUGCCUCAUGCGCUUGUGAGCUUACAAAGGCUGUGGAAUUCCAUCAAGCAGCUGCAUUCUCAGUUUGAUGAAGCUUUUUUCAAUAUCACGAAUCAUUGGCCUACGCUAGGGUUUAUUCUGGCACCAAGAUUAAGAUCUCAACUUGCAAAAUUGAUAAUGUUGCUGGCAAUGGAAGCACGUGUGGAUGCAGAAGCAAAUAGUAUGGAUGCAAGAAAGCUCUUUUCGAAGGAGCUUUGCUCAAUGGAUCACUUCUUUCAGAAGCAUUGGGAACUUUCUCCAGCACAGAUGACCAUAGCGCCUGAGAUAAAUGCAUUGUCCAGAUUUUUUGAGAAAAUCGCUGGAUAUAGUCCUGUUGGAUUGCUAGAGCGCCUGGUGGAUACUGUGACGGCCUGCCCUCCUGCCGUAGCUGACGAGCUUGACUUGACAAUUCUUCUCAAAGACAUGGAGCAUGACCUUGGUUGCUUGCCUGUGUACAACCAGGACAUUCGACUCCUGAAGUGUAAAGGUGGAGUAGAAGUUUCUUACCCCAUUUCAACAUCGUCAGUAAGCUCCAAAGAUUGCAUACAAGCUUAUAUCUCUGGAUAUACAGUAGUACUACGAGGGUUGCAGUUUCGAUUCCCUGAAAUAUGUGCGCUUUCCAAUGGACUUGCGGCGGAAUUGGGGCAGGUGACAGUCGGCGCCAACCUCUACUUGACCCCACCAGGAUCACAGGGUCUUCGUGUCCAUUUUGAUGACCACUGUGUAUUUGUUUGUCAACUCAGGGGUCGUAAAGGAUGGGAUGUGUAUCCUCCUCUUGAGCAGCUACCUCGACUUUAUUCCUUCAAAACUUUGUCUACUGAAGUAACGAAAGAUUACGCUACACACUUCGACCUUCAAGAAUGGGACACACUGUACAUCCCAAGAGGAUUUUUGCAUGAAGCCCGAACUGAGUGCCCAGAGCAAACUAUUGAAGUUCAAAUUGACAGGCAUGUUUAUCCUACGAGCAACCCAUCAGAAUGGCACGGCGCUUCUCUGCACGUAUCUUUCGGUGUUGAAGUUGAACCCCCAUUUGAAUGGGAAGGCUUAUUGCAUAUGGCUCUUCGAUCAUGGUGUCACAGAAGUCGCCAACAUACGAUGCUAGGAAAAAUGCAUGAGAUAUGUGAAAUACUUUUACAUGUGGCGAUCAGGAAUGUAGGCAACAGCUGUCACCUACUCCGCAAAGCAUGUAUGCUGAGGAGCUCACAGAUGGAUGCAGAUGCAGAGUGUUUGUUUCACGUAAUGCUGAAAGAAGUGGGUGUAUCAGCUGAUUUCCAGAGUGCAAUCCAAGCCUUCCAGAAGGUGGGGGUAACAUGGUUGGACUGGGUACGGCAUCUGUCAGUCGGACAUUUUGAUAUUAAUGAAUUGGGUUGGGACUGCGACAUGUUAAGCAAAAGCGACAUAGUCACACAGCUUGAAGAUGCGUUUCUCAAGAUGCGCGGCACGUUCAUUCUCGAAGCAUCGUUUAUAGAGUCUGUAAAGGUUCGAGCUGUAUUGCUUAAUAAAUAUAGGAAGAGCAGACAAAAGCUCAUGAAUGGUCUCCUCGCCUUGCAUUGAGGCAGGAUGGAUCUGCGCACCCCCAAUCUGAUAAUCAGACAAGUUCUAUUGGAUUUUAAUCAUGUUGCACUACAACUCUAAAAGCUUUUUCUCACAGCUCAUCUAGGCGAUACAAUUCAGGAUAUGAUUAGGACUUCCUACGUGUGAAAACAUGGUGAUGAUUCAACAUUUCUUUCGGA